GGUCGGCGCGUGCGGCGGGCAGCGGGCAGCGGGCAGCGGGCGGGCGAGUCGCGUGGCCGCCGCCCCACCAUGCUCAAGCGCUGCGGCCGCCGCCUGCUGCUGGCGCUGGCGGGCGCGCUGCUGGCCGGGCUGCUGGUGCUCACAGCCGACCCGCCGCCGUCGCCGCCGCCCGCCGAGGGCGCCCGGCGCGCGUUGCGCAGCCUCGAGGGUGCCGAGGGUCCCGAGGGUCCCGAGGGUCCCGCGGGCGCAGCUGGGGCGCGGCGCCGCCAGGUGCACGGCCUGUCCGAGUACUUCGGCCUGCUUGCCCGCGCGCGCGGGGACGGGGCCGCGCGCCCCGCGGACGGGCCCCCGCGCACCCCGGGGGAGCCUCUGGCGCCCCGCGACGUCUUCAUCGCCGUCAAGACCACCAAGAAGUUCCACCGCGCGCGCCUGGACCUGCUGCUCGAGACGUGGAUCUCGCGGCACAAGGACAUGACGUUCAUUUUCACGGACGGGGACGAUGAGCUCCUGGACCGGCACAGGGCCAACGUGGUGAACACGAACUGCUCGGCCGCACACAGUCGCCAGGCCCUGUCCUGCAAGAUGGCCGUGGAGUAUGACCGCUUCGUGGCGUCGGGCAGGAAGUGGUUCUGCCACGUGGACGACGACAACUACGUGAACGUGCGCGCCCUGCUGCGGCUGCUGGCCGGCUUCCGGCACACGCAGGACGUGUACAUCGGCAAGCCCAGCCUGGACAGGCCCAUCCAGGCCACGGAGCGAGUGGGCGACAACAAGCUGCGCCCUGUGCACUUCUGGUUCGCCACGGGCGGGGCCGGCUUCUGCAUCAGCCGGGGGUUGGCGCUGAAGAUGAGCCCGUGGGCCAGCGGGGGCCACUUCCUGAGCACGGCCGAGCGGAUCCGGCUGCCCGACGACUGCACGGUGGGCUACAUCGUGGAGGCGCUGCUACAUGUGCCCCUCACCCGCAGCGGGCUCUUCCACUCGCACCUGGAGAAUCUGCAGCAGGUGCCGCCCUCGGAGCUGCACGAACAGGUGACUCUGAGCUACGGAGUGUUCGAGAACAAGCGCAAUGCGGUGCACAUCAGGGGGCCCUUCUCUGUGGCCGCAGACCCCUCCAGGUUUCGCUCCAUCCACUGCCACCUGUACCCGGACACGCCCUGGUGUCCCCGCACCUCUGUCUUCUAGCCACGGCCAGACUGUCCCCGGGCGCCCCUGGUAUCCAAGGGCCCGGGGACCCAGCUCCAAGGCCCCCCAGGGCUGUGCCUUGAUGUGGGGGUGCCGGCGGGGAGAGGCUGCUGGGCAGCUGCUCUGCUGGGCGCCCCCAAGUCCGUGCUCUGUGUCAGAGACCCUGAGGGCAGCUGUGGGGUCACCGAGGGGUUCUUUGCAAGACUUUGCUCGAUGAGCCGGUUCGCGCCCGCCCCAAGGACCCUGGGGUUG